AUGGAUUCGUACAACAAAUUCGGAUUCAACUCGGAGACGGGUGAGCCCAACACUGGCCCCCAGGACACAUCUGGCAGUGUCCCCAGUGAACACAGAGGCGACGGCUCGUUCUCCCCCGACAUUGGACGAAAGAAGUCUCUCAUUCGACCUGACCGAGCUCGACUCGACCCCGACUCGCGAACUUAUCACUACUCGCAGCUGGCCGCCCAGCAGCAAAGCAGAAUCAACGUGCUUCCCAGUUCCACCGGAAAUGACCCUAUUCUCGAGGAGCACUACAUGCGCGAGACUGGCGAGAUCCAGCCUGGUCAGGGAUACGAUCAGCCCUACGACAACGCCGUGAACCAGGAGGUGCUAGAGGAGGAAAACGAGGAAUCAUACAGAGAGGGAGAGGAGGACCCUUACGCCUACUCGGGCCGUCAGGUCUAUGGUCUCAAUGACGAGGUCCAAACCGAGGCCUACGUGCGAAAGUCGGACGAAAUCUCCUCAUCAGAAGAACAGGCUGCCGACACCCAACCGCCCAUCAUCGACCCACCUGUCAACGAAAAGGUUCAGCUCAGCCGUGGAGGAGGAACACUGAAGCGACACAACUCCGUCAAGCGACGAAUGGGCACCCAACCCAAGCAGAUUUCGCUGUGGAUGACCUACUGUCAGAUUGUUACCUUCUGGGCCCCCGCUCCUGUGCUCAAGAUGUUUGGCAUGCCCCAAAAAGCCCGACAGGACGCCUGGCGAGAAAAGAUUGGCCUCAUCACUGUUAUUCUUUACAUUGCCGCCUUUGUUGCAUACCUGACUUUCGGCUUCACCAUCACAGUUUGUUCCAGUUCCAUCACCCGAGUGCGAAACGGAGAAGUCAACUCUGGAAACCUCAUCAUUAAUGGUAAGCAAUACGACUUUACCUCUAUGAACCACCCUCCCACAGUCGAGGUUCCUACUGGCGGUAACUUCAUGUACCCUCCUGUUAAUGCUGGAUCCAUGGACGGUUCUUUGCUGUUCCAGAACGUCAACAACCACUGCAAGGGUCUAAUCACCCCCAAGCCCGACUGUAAAAUUCCCUACAACGGCGACAGCGUUGCCUGGUAUAUGCCCUGCCAGCUGCUCAACCAGGACGGAUCUUCCCAACCCAACACUACUGAGCAGUUCUACCCCGGCUACGCAUGCCACACUUCCACCACCGCUCGAAACGUCUACUACCACCAGCUGGUUGAUGCCGGUGAGGUCUACUUCACCUGGGACGAUAUCAAGAACUCUACUCGAAACCUGGCUGUGUUCAACGGAGCUGUCAUUGACCUGAACAUGGUCAACUUCAUUCUUAAGGACGACCUCAACUACCCCGAGAUCUUUGACACUCUGCGAGAUGACGAUUCCAUCAAGGGUACUGAUAUCUCUCGUAAUAUGGCCAACGGUCCUGAUCGACAGGCUGCCCGAUGUCUGCAAGAGAUUGCCAAGGUUGGAUACAUUGAUACCGAGCAGAUUGGAUGUCUGGCUUCCCAGGUUGUUCUGUAUGUAUCUCUGGUUUUCAUUAUCUCCAUUGUCGCCGUCAAGUUCCUAUUUGCUAUCUACUACAAGUGGGCCAUUUCUGCCAAGCAGGGAGCUUUCCCCAUUGACAACAAGCAGAUGAACCAGCGAGAGAACGAGAUUGAGGACUGGUCCGAGAACAUUUACAGCCAGGCUCCCAUCAAGCGAGUGGACCGAGACCAGCCUAAGUCCAGUGCCACUCCCUUCCGUGGCCUCAUCAAGCACCGAUUCAACCAGCACGACAAUAAGAACAAGCGAAUGAGCACAAUGGUGACCCAGGUUGGUGAGAGUGGAACUGCUCCUUCCGUCUACUCUCGAAACUCCGCUGCGAUCGACUCCAACACUGAUGUUGGCGGUGUUGUCUACGAUUACGACUCUGGAUCUCAGCCCUACGAGGCGCCCACCGUCAACGUUGUGCCCCAGCCCCCCAUCGACUACCAACCGUUCAACUACCCUCUCGCCCACACCAUGUGUCUGGUGACUGCAUACUCCGAGUCGAUUGACGGUCUGAGAACCACCCUUGACUCUAUCACCACAACCGACUACCCUAACUCCCAUAAACUCAUUGUUAUCAUUGCCGAUGGUAUUAUUAAGGGUUCCGGUAACGACAUGUCUACCCCUGACAUUUGUCUAAGUAUGAUGUGUGAUAUGCCUAUCCCCGAAGACCAGGUGAGACCCUUCUCUUACGUAUCUACUUCUUCUGGUACAAAGCGUCAUAACAUGGCCAAGGUCUACUCUGGUUUCUACGCCUACGAUGAUGCCACAGUUCCACCUGAGAAGCAGCAGCGAGUCCCCGUUGUGACUAUUGUCAAGUGCGGUACGCCUGCUGAGGCCAACGAGGCCAAGCCUGGUAACCGAGGUAAGCGAGACUCCCAGAUCAUUCUCAUGUCGUUCUUGCAGCGUGUCAUGUUCGACGAGCGAAUGACCGAGCUGGAGCACGAGAUGUUCAACGGUAUCUGGCGAGUGACUGGUAUUCUUCCCGACUUUUAUGAAAUCAUUCUCAUGGUGGAUGCCGAUACUAAGGUGUUCCCUGACUCUCUGACCCACAUGGUGGCUGAGAUGGUCAAGGAUCCCGAGAUUAUGGGACUAUGUGGAGAAACCAAGAUUGCCAACAAGCGAGACUCUUGGGUCACUGCGAUCCAGGUGUUUGAAUACUACAUUUCUCAUCACCAGGCUAAGGCCUUUGAGUCCGUCUUUGGUGGUGUCACUUGUCUGCCUGGUUGUUUCUCCAUGUACCGAAUCAAGGCUCCCAAGGGCGGAGACGGCUACUGGGUGCCCAUUCUUGCCAACCCUGAUAUCGUCGAGCGAUACGCUGACAACGUGAUUGACACUCUGCAUAAGAAGAACCUGUUGCUUCUCGGAGAAGAUCGAUACCUGACCUCCCUCAUGCUCAAGACCUUCCCCACGCGAAAACAGGUGUUUGUGUCCAAGGCUGUCUGCAAGACCAUUGUUCCCGACAAGUUUUCUGUUUUGCUGUCUCAGCGAAGACGAUGGAUUAACUCCACUGUGCAUAACCUGAUGGAGCUGGUGCUGGUCAAGGAUCUAUGUGGUGUCUUCUGUAUUUCCAUGCAGUUUGUUGUCUUCAUCGAGCUUGUUGGUACCCUGAUUCUUCCCGCCGCCAUCUCGUUCACCAUCUACGUUGUCAUUAUUGCCAUUGUGAGAAAACCUACGCCUGUCAUGUCGCUGGUUCUGCUGGCUCUGAUUUUGGGUCUGCCGGGUCUUCUCAUUAUCAUCACAGCAUCUCGAUGGUCAUACGUCGUGUGGAUGUUCAUCUACCUGCUAUCUCUUCCCAUUUGGAACUUUGUGCUCCCCGUCUACGCAUACUGGAAGUUUGAUGAUUUCUCCUGGGGUGACACUCGACAGGUUGCUGGUGAAAAGAAGGGCUCUGGAGGCCACGACGAGGAGGAUGGUGAAUUUGACUCGUCUCAGAUUGUCAUGAAGCGAUGGAGAGACUUUGAAAUGGACAAGCGACGCUACGUGCCACUGCCUCCCCAGAACGCGUGGAUGAGCGAUCCUCACAUGCCUUCUUACAACCACCAAGGAUUUUCUGCUAACUCUUCCCCUGCUCUUAGACCCCAGGGCUCUUCUCAUGUCUACUCGGACUCGGUUGCCGGAGCCAGUGACUACAACGUUGCUCAAGGCCACGAAGUACUUUAA